AUGCAACGCAGUGCUAUGAGAGGGCCGUUGGAAGAGCCCGUGAAAGGCAAAAUACAAGUGCCUGCCGAGAACUUAGAGUCAGAGAUGCUUCGCACGCAGCUUGUGACGUGGCGUGGUAUCUUGACUAAGCUAUGCACGGCUUGGAGCUGCCAUGUUCAAGCGCCUUCGAUGUAUAGGGAGGGCUUUGAAUUGAAUGCUAUGAUGUUGGGCGAUACCCUCGUGCUGGAAGAAGUCCCACCCACAAUGAUGCAAUGGCAAGCGAUGCAACACGAGCGCCCUAAACCAAAAAGGUCACAGCGAGCAACUUACUAUGGCUACAACUUCGAGUCAUACUGCACGAAGGAGACGCCGCGGCUAGCAGCUGGUUCUGCUGCCUCUCUCCCCUUAGCCAAGGUACCGGGCUGGAGCGGUGACGUGAAUACAAAUGUCCAAUGGUGUCAUAUAAUGAAGACAAAGUUGGGAAAUAACCGCAUUAUUAUUGGUGGAGAAGUUGAUUGUGUCGAAACAUUGGAUGCAGGCACUGAACGUGAGCGCGAGGGAGUCGUGGAGCUCAAGACGAAUCUGCACGUGGACUCUGCCGAUGACCAGAAUCGGCUUGAUGCGAAGAUGCUGAAAAUGUACAUGCAGUCAUUUCUGCUAGGUGUGAGGACUAUUGUGAUCGGGUUUCGAGACCAGCAAGGCAUGCUACUUUCACACAAGUCGUUUCGACCGGCUGAUCUUCCGCGUUUGGUUCGUGGGCAUGCUGUGCAAUGGAAUGCGAAUGACAACCUGGCGUUUGGCUCAUUGAUACUAGACUUUGUCCGCGAUACUGUUCGUGCUGAGACGGAGCGCUGGUCGUAUUGUAUGUCGCAGCGUGUGCGAGAGAAUGAGAAAAGCUUGGGUGCUUAUGCAUGGCGUGUGCAUCGGACGACAAAUUCGUUUUUGGGACAUUUGCCGCUUCCAGCGCCUCAAGAUGCCGAGCAAGAGUAUCCAGUAUUUCGGGUUAGUUUUCAGCCGCCAUUUUCGCAUGUUACAGUGCGAUAUGUUACGCCGUAUGAGCUGGGAUUAGAUGGGCGUCGAAGGGGACGGUGCGGGCUGGUUCCAACACCUUUUUAUCUGUGGGCCACGAUGCCUAUGACCCAUCUAUGGGGCUAA